UUCAAAUCCAGAACGCAUUCAUUGUCACAAUCGAGGCUGCCGUGGAAAAAUGAAUAAAUGUUCUUGGCUUGGAUCUUCAACAAUAUGUGAACUUGCAAGUAUACCAAAUAAAUUAGCACGUUUAUUAUAACUAUCAGAUACAAAGAGAAUAUAAUUGAAACAUUACAGCCAAGAGAUAAUCCAAGACGUUACCAGUGGAUUAAAAGCACAAACGGGUGGUAUGGACCGAAAGAAAAAUGUCAGGGGAAAGAACAAUUAAUUCAAAAUUCAAUAUCUGGUUUAUACAAUUGUGAUAAUUGCAUUUGUCAUUGUACGGAAGAUCGUCCUGAUGCAACUUCUAUUCGUACUUUGAGUUUGAGACCUCAAUUGUCUAAUGUUUCAAGCAACAUGGUUGUCACGGGUGUUAGAUUUAUUGAAAAAGAUAGAGUUAUUCAUAUUCAAAUCCAACAGGGAGAACUUAUGAGAGAGGGUGAACUUGAUAAUGGUACUUUUGAAUGGAUUGAAGUUGAAGAUUUUGAAUACAUAUCUAAUGAAACUGCAGGAGUUUUUUAUAAACUGGAAGAAACCAAUAAGAUACCUUUAGUUGAGGGAAAAGACUAUGCAAUGUUUGGAUCGAAACAAAGAACUUUAUAUCUUGAUGAAGUUAUAGCACCAAUCGAUAUGAUUGUCACUGGGGUUAGACUUAAUCAUGUUGACUCACAAAAAUCUGAAAAAUUAUAUACUAGCCCGAUACAUUUAGAAAUACACGUAACACAGUAUGAAUAUGAGUCAGGUAAACUCAAAGAAAAUAUGUCACGUUGGAUAACAUCAGAAACGAUGCCCUAUCCGUCUGUGGACUACGAUCGGGACAGGUAUUAGAUUGAUAUAAGCUAGAUAAUUGCAACAUAUUUUUUUCUUUUUUUGAAGCACCGUGAAAGUAAAGACUUUUUUUAUACUCGUAGGGUCGAAGUAUUGUUAACAAGAUCAGAUAAUCCCACAAAAUUUUAUUUAAAUGUCCCAUCUGAUGAAACUAAUCUGUUCAUUAAAUUUCGUGCAACAGAUAUUUGGAAAGAUGCCGCACAAACAGUUGUGCCAUUAUUUGAUAUUCAACCUGUUACUUCUCCGGUUAGACCUUUAGAUGGUAUUAGUAUCAUUCACAAAACUAUUGACGAU